AUGCAAGCAACUCAUAAUCCCACCUCUGAGGAUGCAGCUGUCAAUGAUGCCCCAGGCCCCAGCAACCGAGACGUGAUGGAACACAUCGAAGAAGGGUUAACGAGUGCAAGUAAGCACAUUAACGCAAGUGACGAGAAUCCAUCAAGAGGAGUUACAAACAUCAGAGAGAGUGUGGAGCAGAGCCUCGCUCGAUUCUACUUGAGGCUGCAGGCCAAGUUGCUUGUUCCCGCUUCAACAAUACAGUGCAUUGUAGACGAACUGAAAACUGUCCAUCACUUGAACUUGUCCUGCAUUUCUGCUCAUCUCGAGGAGAACCUACGGAAUGAUGCGCACGCACUCGAAGGACGUUCUCUCCUGGAAGCAAUGCAGGGUGGCGAUGUAUUCGGUGAAUUACAUGCGACGAGACUUGCCACUACACACACUCGCACUUUAUACUUGAAGGAAAAGUUCUCGCCAGUUGAAGGGAUGUCCGUUUUGAUUGGCCGUGACAGUAACAACAAGCAAUGCUUUGCAGAGUACAUCCCCAUAAAAGAAACCCUUCUUCAUCUGCUUUCUACUCCAGCUGUUCUUGAUGCCGUCAGGCAACCAGUUCAGGCAGGUGACGGAGACAAGCUCUUAGAUAUAACAGAUGGAUCGUUGCACAAAGAACACCCAUUUUUUCACACUGCAAGUGGGUCACGCCAAAUUGAGAUUAUGUUAUACCAAGAUGCGUUUGAGGUGGUUAAUCCUCUUGGACCAGCGAAGAAAAAACACAAGAUCGUCGGAGUGUAUUUUACCUUGGCUAACUUUCUCAAGCAUCUCCGUUCCACACGCGAUCACCUGCAACUAACUCUACUCUACAGGGAAAGUCUCAUUAAGAACUUUGGCGCAGACAAAGUAUUUGCCAAACUAAUAGCCGACCUCAAGGACUUAGAACAUAAUGGCAUCACCAUUGGGAACGAAUGCUUCAAAGGCAGCAUCUUCUGUAUCAUUGGAGAUAACCUGGGACAGCACAGCAUUGGAGGAUUUGUGGAAAGCUUCAGCAGAUCAUUACAUUUUUGUCGUUUCUGUGAUAUUGAGCGUGCUCACUUCGUGGAGCAUCCAGAAGAGCUUGGAGUUCUGCGUACUACGGAGAGCUACGAAGCUGCUGUUACCAAUGCUGAGAGCAGCAACACAAUCGUACAGGGUGUAAAGACAAACAGCUGUUUUAAUCAGUUGGAAUUCUUCCAUGUUUGCCAACCAGGACUUCCCCCUUGCUUAGGACAUGACCUGUUUGAAGGCAUAGUCGCCUGUGACCUGGCCCUCUACAUCAGACAUUUUGUGAGGGUCCGCAAGUGGUUUUCUUACCCGAAGCUGAACUAUGAACUUGCGAAUUUCAAGUACAUGGCUUCAGAUUCAAGCAGUAAACCAUACGAAGUAGCCGAACACGCAAAGAAGAUUGCAGGAACAGCUGCAUCAACCUGGACCCUACUUAGAAUGCUGCCUCUUUGUAUCGGCCACUAUGUGCAGGAUUUUGAAGACCCUGUAUGGUGUCUAUUAUUGACCUUGAGGAAGAUUGUAGAUAUUGUCUGCUCACCAUGCCUAAACAAUAGUACAGUAGCAUACCUCCAGGUUCUAAUUGAGGAGUACUUGUGUGACAGGAAAGAACUUUUCAAGUCGUCACCACUGCUGCCAAAGCACCAUUACCUACUUCAUUACCCUCGCCUCAUGAUUCAGUUUGGGCCACUCAUCAACUUGUGGACGAUGCGCUUUGAGAGUAAGCAUUCUUAUUUCAAGCACUGCGUCCGUAAGUUGAAGAACUUCAAAAGCUUGUGUAAGACACUUGUGCAAAGGCACCAAAUGCUCCAAGCGCACCUCCUCUCAGACGGAUUCUUUGAGCCCGACAUCUCCACUAAAGCCGUGAUGCCAAUACAGAUUUCAGCAUAUUGUGCCGGUAUCCAAUCAUCCAUUAAGUCAUGCGGCAUCGAUGAACAGAACAGUACUGUUACCAGUCAGGUGACUUACAAGGGCACAACGUAUACUGAAGGCUUGUUUGUUGCAGUCACCAAUGACGACCAUUUGGCUUUUGGAAGAAUCACCUUUGUCGUUCUUUGUGGUACUGAAGUCUUCCUUGUUUUGAAGUGCCAUGUUGGAAACUUUCAGAGUCAUUUGGGCAUCUACACACUUGAGGAAUGUUCACAGUACUGCUGUGUGAAUGUGAACAAUCUCAUUGAUUUCUAUCCGCUGCCUUCAUAUGUCGUCCGUGGGAAGCGAUACAUAUCGCAGAAACACUUCAUUCCUAUUUAG